AUGAGAAAGGCGUGAGUUUUUCCUUGAAAAUGGUGAGCAAGACAAAUACGCAACACUAGUAGGUACUAAAAGCAAAGUGUACUGUAAAAAAAAACGUUUUCCCCUCCGGUCUAUCCUUCUCUAUCUAAUUUCUCUCUCGCUGACCCCAUGAGAGCCUCCUCUCCUCAACCCAGCUCUUUGUAAAUCAAUUCUUCAUACGCUACUCUUACCUGCUUUUCUCUCCUCGCCAAACCCUAGAAUUCCCAGUCUUUGACGAAUAUGAUGGCUUCUCAGAUUAGGUGAAGUGUUGACUUAUUGAUCUGCAUAUAUAAUUGCGUGUGAAUGUGUAGGAGUUGCUAAGGGUGCCGGUUCUACAGCUGGCUUGUAACUAUGGAGAGAUCAUCUUUCCGGGAAUUCAAGGACUUCACCGACUCAUUCAGCUGCGUCUCUGGUUUUGGUGCAGAAAGUAGACUUUUCGAUGCUUCUCACUAUGCCUUCUUCGGGCAAGGAGAUGAAGUUGAAUUGGGCGGUUUGGAGGAUGAAGAAGGUAGUAGCAGUAGUAGUAGCGUUCCUGUUGUGGGAGGAGUUGCAGGUGGGGACAGUGAGAUACAUGAGUAUCAUUUAUUUGAGAAAGAUGAGGGGUCUGGAUUAGGAUCUUCGUCUGAUCUAGAUGAUCUAGCUACAACCUUUUUGAAGUUGAACAGAGUUGUUGCAGGUCCAAGACAUCCUGGAGUUAUUGGUGACCGUGGGUCAGGAUCUUUUUCAAGGGAAAGCUCUUCCACAACUACAGCUGAGUGGGCAAAAGAUGCAGAUCUUCCUGACUUGCUUGAUCAUCAUUUAUCUGACACAGAAUGUUACAGGGAAAGCAAAAGAUGGUCUUCUCAGCCACAUCUCUCUUCUCUGCAUCAUCUUUCAGAGUCAAAACCACUUCAUAGGACAUCUUCAUAUCCUGAACCUAUUUCACUACUAAGAUCUCCUUUCUCAUCAUUUCCUCCUCCUGGUGAUAGUUCUCAACAGACUUCACCAAACAACCUACACCAGUCACCCUUCUCUGAUUCAAAUGUGUCUUCUCUGUCAAACCCUAAUUUGCAUUUGUCUGCCUUUUCUCAUGGGCCUCAGUAUGGAAAUAGGCCCCAACUAAUCUCUCCCCAUUUCUCCAUAAAUAACCAUCUACAGAACAACUGGGUCACCCAUUCAAACACCGGGUUGCCGCCACAUCAGUUUCUGCAUCCCAAUGUUAUACUUUCCCCUCAGUUGAUGUCCCCUGAGCACCAGAGACUGCAAUUUUCUUCUCCAGCCACUUUCCCCCAUCUUCCUGCUGUGAGAUCUCAUCACCUGUAUAAUUCUCUUUCUGCCCCAUCUCACCUGGGUAAAUAUGUCUUACCUGAUUCAAGACCGAAAUCACACAAAGGUAAAAGUGUGAGAUUUGCUCAACAAGGACCUGAAUCAAGUGGUAGCCCAAAAAAUGAAUCAAGUAAGGUCUUGCAGUUCAGAUCCAAGUACAUGACGGGCGAAGAAAUCGAAAACAUUCUCAAAUUGCAGCAAUCCGGGACCCAUUGCAACGAUCCGUAUGUCGAUGAUUAUUACCACCAAGCCCGACUUGCUAAGAAGUCAAAAUACCGUCUCUGUCCAAAUCCAAGCAAAGAAACACCUUCCCGGUCUCGUAACAGCACAGAGUCACUACCCCAUCUGCGUGUUGAUGCUCAAGGAAGGGUUUCUUUCUCAUCUAUUCGUAGGCCAGCCUCUCUUCUGGAAGCAGACCCACCGGACUCAUCUUCUCGUCAAUCGAAAGACACCCCUUUGGAGCGUGAUCCAAAAUUUGCAGCUAGAAUCACAAUAGAGGACAGUUUCUAUCUUCUUCUUGAAAUAGAUGACAUUGACCGGCUUCUUCAGUUUAGCCAGCCACAAGACGGCGGAGCUCAGCUGAGGCAAAAACGGCAGAUGCUUUUAGAAGGUAUGGCGGCUUCACUUCAACUUGCAGACCCUCUUGGGAAAACCGCAAACCGCCAGAGCGAGCCAAAUCCUAGGGAUGAUAUUGUGUUCUUGUGGGUAGUCUCCAUCCCCAAAGGCAAGAAACUCAUAUCUAGAUACCUUCAGCUUCUUAUUCCAGGUGGAGAUCUCGCCAGGAUAGUUUGCAUGGCGGUUUCUCGUCACCUAAGGUUUUUGUUCGGUAGUGGGGCCAAGGAGGCGACCAAUCUUGCAAAGACGGUAUCAACAUGUGUCAGUGGGAUGGGCCUUAAUUCACUGGGUGCUUGUCUAGCUGCCGUAGUGUGUUCAUCAGAGCAACCACCUCUCCGCCCCCUUGGAAGCCCUGCUGGUGAUGGAGCCUCCCUCAUCUUAAAAUCUGUCCUGGAUAGGGCUUCUUACCUGUUAACGACCUUUGGCAUGCCAAACCAUGCCCUAUGGAAUGCUUCAUUUGACGCCUUUUUCGUUCUUUUGACGAGAUACUGUGUGAGUAAGUUUGACAAUAUAAUGCAUGCAGCUGUAAACACAGAAACAAGCGAAGAAGUGAGAAGGGCCAUAAAUAGCGAAAUGCCUGUUGAGCUUUUGCGUGCCAGCCUCCCCCAUACUAAUGAGAACCAAAGGAAGUUGCUAAUGAAGGUUGGUCAGGGUUCCAUACCUUCCGCAUCACAAAUAUAACUGCCAAAAGUCUGUGAAAUGUUAGCAGCAGGGGAAGUUAAAUACAUUAUCAUGGUCAUUCUCUCAACUUCUGAGCAGUGUUGUCAAAUGGCGGCUUUGGUGGAAAUAUGGCAGACUUCUAUCUGAAGUUUGUGAAGAGCAGUGGUUUUAUGGUGGCGAUUUUGGCAAUCCACCAUAAUACACCACUGAUCGUUAGUAACAUUGCUUUUGAGAAGACAUGGUUUGUGUAACUUUUUGCCAUAUAAGAAUAGAAGUCUCAUUUGAGUAAGUAUAUGUAAUUUCAAAUGGUGCUCUUGUUCAAUUCUUACUAAAGUGCUCCGUAUCAAAUUCAGUUAAAACUACAUAGUGCUUAAUUUAAGACAAGAGUGAGGAUAUUAAUAAAGAUCGGAAAAUUUUCCGAAAUAGAAGUGCUUUCAUGCCG